UAAAUAUUUUGCUGCACUACAAAAAUCACAUGUAAUCAGUGGUAUGUUCAGCCGGAGUAGCAUGUUUUCUCUUGGCUGUAAAUUAUAGAUCAGAUAUGUGUACAGCACUUAUUUCAGACAGUCAGCUUCCUCCCCGCUGUCUCAUGGACUGUACCACAGCAUGAGCCUCCCCCUUCCCUCACCCUUGCAGUGGGCCGCUCCCCCUUCUUCACCGCCCGCGUUGGUUGAAGCCAAAACAGAACAUCAUGGCGAUUGAUGGUGGCGAGCGUAACUGUGGAGUACAUGAGCUGAUCUGCGUCAGAAAAGUUUCUCCAGAGGUGCUGGGGUUUCUGACAGCCAUCGGACUCUUCAUCAUCCUCAUGACCCUCCUGUUCUGGUACCUCAACAACAAGUUGGCACUAGAGAACCCAGGGAGCCUUCAGUGCCUUGAUGACUUCAGGAAAAACACAGAGCUACAGGACAAGGCCUACUCUGACGCUGACCUGCAGGGCUCAUCAUCGGACAGCGAGGAUGAACUGAUGGGUCAGUAUCAGGAAGCAGUCAGCCGCUCCCAGGGCCUCCGGGGAGGAGCCAAGGCAGCCGCUAAUGUCAAACACGCAGGAGGUUUCAGUUGGGAGAGCCGGCAGAAGUACAGCCCCCUGACCGCUGAUUAUGACGGCUAUAGCAGCGAAGCUUCGGCUGACGAUGUCAACUGCAUCCAGCGGAUGAGACGAACGCCACCACUCGAUGAGCUUCAGCCUCCGCCCUAUCAGGAUGAGAAUGGCUCUCCACGGAUGUCCUGCACACUGUCAGACCUGGGAGAUGCCAAGUGUGAUCUAUCCCACACCAGCGGCAGUCCCCACCUGUCCUUCGGCAAAUGUCCCAGUGAGGGCAGUGACCGGAGACUGGAGAGUUACCUCAACAAGGGCUAUGAAGAAGAUGUACCCAGUGACAGCACCGCUGUCCUCAGCCCAGAGGAUAUGUCAGCCCGAGGAUCAGCGGCACAGCUCCCUAAAGGUUAUGAACCAGACCCUGUUGCAAAAUACGGCACCCUGGAUGUGGUGUUCAACUAUGACUCAGAGGAGCAGCAGUUGGCCGUGACCAUCAUGGCAGUAACGGACCUUCCUGCCCACAAACGCACCGGCAACGUCUCCUGGCAGGUCCACCUGGUGCUGCUGCCCACCAAGAAGCAGAGAGCAAAGACGGGAAUCCAGAGAGGCCCGUGCCCCAUCUUUACAGAGACCUUCCGCUUCAGCCAUGUGGAGUCAGAGAUGAUCAGCAAUUAUGCCAUCCGAUUCCGCCUUUAUAGUAUGCGGCGGAUGAAGAAGGAGAAGGUGCUCGGGGAAAAGGUGUUCUACCUCACCAAGCUCAACCUUCAGGGCAAAAUGUCUGUGCCGGUCAUAUUAGACCCAUGCUGUGCUCUCCCGGGUGGUGAAUCCCAGGCCAGCCUCUCAGAUAUGACGUGCAGUGAAAGCGCCUCAUCAUUCCAGUCAGUAAGUCAGACUUCCACACCAGAGAUCCUUGUUGGCCUGGUUUACAACGCCACAACAGGACGUCUCUCUGUGGAGGUUAUCAAAGGCAUCCACUUCAAAAACCUAGCUGCCAACAAGCCACCCAAUGGGCUGUUCUGUUGUCUAAAACACUUGAUAGGUGGACAGGUUUAUAUAAUCAGAGAUACAUACGUUAAGCUGACCUUACUGAACUCCAUGGGCCAUGAGAUGUCCAAGUGUAAGACAUCCAUCUGCCGAGGUCAGCCCAACCCGACCUACAAAGAGACGUUUGUCUUCCAGGUAGCCCUUUUCCAGCUAUCGGAUGUCACGCUCAUCCUCUCCGUCUACAACAAGCGCAGCAUGAAGCGUAAAGAGAUGAUUGGCUGGAUUUCACUCGGCCUCAACAGCUCUGGAGAAGAGGAGCUCACCCACUGGACUCAGAUGAAAGAGUCCAAAGGACAGCAGGUUUGCCGCUGGCACAGUUUGUUAGAGUCCUAACAGCAACAAAGGAGUAAGUCGAGAAAGUGCAUAGGGGUGACUGCACAGAGCAGUUGUUGUCCCAGACGGGUGAGAAAUGGAUAAGUUGAGCUUGGAUAGAGGAAUGUGACAGAACCAUGUGUCUGCACUCAUAGUUGUUCAGCUUGACAUAGCAUAAGCAUUUUCAUGGCACUGUGUGUAAGGUCACAUUGACAGCCACUGAUCAGUAAUAUGGCUGAUAAUGUGAUAUAAUUUUUCUCAAGGAUUGCCUCGUAAUGACCUUUAAGUCUCUGCAGAUGGCACUCUUUUUUGUCUGUUGAACAGGUUAAGCUGGAGCCUGUUCAAGGAAGCAGGUUCUGGAUAAUGUUUAGUAAAUUAUUGUCUGAUUAUUUUGUGUAACCACAUCACUAGCUCAAACAACAAAUGUCUGGAUUAUCUGUAAUCUUGUCAUAAAGAUUCCCGAGCAGCCCUCAAAUCCACAGAGCAAACCUCUGUUUUUUUUCUGCAUUUGUAGAACAAGUUUAUGUCAUGACCAUAAUGUUUGACCACAGAAAUAAUUCCAUUAGAGAGUUAGCGAAGGGCAUGCAGGCCUUUGCUCACAUCGGCAAAGAGUUACUUUCUACAUUGUCAUGGGCCACCAUUGUAAAAAAGGCUCUGAAAACUUCACAGGAGAGAUUAUAUUGUAGUAAUAGUCUUCUUUAAUACUCUUGCUCCUGCUUUUCUCACUGUAUACCAUGUAUUUCUGUGCACCAGCCAGAGUUUGCAACAUUUGAAUCAAAAUCUGACUCCAGUUGUGGGAUUGUUACUAAUACCUCAAACUGACCACACAGUCCUGAUGAGAUCUUGUUUUCUAGAUGAUCUUUUUUCAUACUAAAUAUGUAUCAUUUUUUUUUAUAAAUAUCAAAAUGCCAUUAUUUCCAACUUCCUGUAAAAAAAAAGCUAGCUAGCAUAGCAGAAUGAUAGUAUGAAGGUGGGAGGUGUGUGUUUGACUUUAAAACUGUUUUAAAGCCAUGUUAACUGUCACCCUUCUCCUCCUCCUCGUCUAACAGCGCAGUUGAGGGAGGUGUGUGUGGUGACUAACAGCGAGUUCUCUGCAGCUCCUAGCUUCGUAUUUCUCUUCAGCUCUGUAUAGCAGCGCUGUAAGCCACUCCCACUUUUGGGAGAUCCCAUCUAAAGAAUUUGAUUUAAGUACCUCUUCAAAGUAUAUUUAUUAUAUGCUCUAGCAUCAAUUUAAAGUAAUUUUAAUUUCAACUGUUGCUUAAUCAUUCAUUACUCACGGAAGUACUUUGACACCAAGUUUUCAGGAGAUUUAGGCAAUUUUCAUGGUAUGAGAAAUCGUAUUUUCCCCCUUUUUUUUGCCAGCUAGCUUGCUGUAUCAACUACCUUGUUAUCAGGGCAGCGCCAAAGCUAUGGUCUACAGGAGAGAAAACUAUUACCCAUGGCAUCACUGUGUUUUUCUACUUAGCCCCUGAUUUGAAUCUCAACAGACGUCAUUUGUUUAAGCCAGAGGUGUGGCUACAUGAAGCUAGCAUCAAUGCUCAUGCUAAGUGCGUCAUGUAUAAAUCAUUACUUUGGGACUAGAAACAUGAAAUGCACCAUUUCUUCCAUCCAAGGAAUACAUAAGUGAAGUGAAAGUUCAUAAAUUGAGUAUUGAUACUAUUUAGGUGAAAUCAGCAUGCUGUAAAUGUUGCUGAUUAUACUGAUUAUUUUGCCAUAGCUUCAUUUGCCAUCUGUUGCAUUCAGACAUAUGCAGGACUUUGUGGAUGGGGGGAACAUUCAAGGAUUUUUAAGGCCUAGUUGAUGAUCACCUACUUACAGAGCACUUACAGAGAAAUGAUGUGUUGAGUUGAGUCGCAAUUAUUACUUUCAUGAAUCCCUGUCUCAGUCAACACUGCCAAGGUAAAACAUGUCACCACUGUCUGAGCCUCAACUUAAGUAAACAAAACAACAACUAAAUAAUUUUAGACACUAUUGUCAAGCAAAUAACAUUUAUGACAAAUAACCUGACAUCACUGACAACAACAUUGUCAUGGUAGAUUUUAGAUGAAGUGCAGUAGUGAUCCCUGAGAAAAAAUAAGCAUUUCACAUCGACAGAUAUUUUUGGAAAACACCAGUUUACAAAAGAACUGACAAACUGAGAUGUGUUAUAUAUAGAAAAGUGUAGUAGUUACUGUGGUGGUUUUAUGAUCUUGAGUUUCCAUCCACCAUUCAAAAGUUAUACUGAAUGUCAAAGAAUUUUUCAAAGAAAUUUAAGACACCUUUUUUAUAGAUAUCUCUUGAAUAAAAAUAACUUAACACAUCACAGCAGUAAAGCUAACAAGUGAGAAGAAAAUGUACCUGUUAUUCUCUUUUACCUGCUCUGGUGCUAUGUAAGUGCUGUGGCUGCACACACACAGAAUCCCUUGCCUUAUUCUUUAGUCAGUUCAUAAAUUUCUUUAAGUGGACCCAGUUCAAAAACAGACACAGACACACCCUCAGAGCACACAGAUCUGCAUCCAUAAUUACAGAAAGCACACACACAGUACAGCACCACUCAACCUCACAGGGGGGAAUUCAGAACUGUUCAUAGGAGCCUCAGUGUAUCAAACAAACCUACAGAAUGUCUUUGAGAAUAUGGGUUGUAUUUUUAGCCGCGGCCACUUUCUCACUUCAUUAAAUUUACAGACAACAGAAAAUACAUAUACUCUUUACUGUGCCUGUGGUUGUGGUGAAAGCUAGCUUUGUGCAGUGUUUACCAAGUGUGUGUGUGUGUGUGUGUGCGCGCGUUUUGAAUGGAGAGGUACAGUAAAGGGGGCGUUGGGGGCUGUGAUAUAGGUAGUUAUUGCAUUUUCCUGUUGGGUGUUACAAUUUCUUACUUUAAUUACUGGUAUUUAGAACAAAAUAACCCACUUCUUGAUUGUCUGCCAUAUACUUUAUAAACAGUAAAUGUUUUCUUAUCUAUUUUUGUAACAAUAAUGGGGAAUAAAUUGUGUCAAGACAGUUGUUGAUAAAUCAAAUAUUAACCCACUCUGUGAGCAAUACUAUUGUGGAUUGUUACUCUUAAUUAGUUUAUGCUUUAGAGGAUGAAGUAACAUGAUUAUGUCUUAUGGCUGUGGUCCUCUUUACAUUCCCUUCUCUAAAACCAGAAAGGGAUAUGAUGGAGACCAGCAGAGCUCAUGUCAAACCAAUCUGUCAAGACUUUCCAGCUUUGAUGCUUUUCUAACAGCGUGAAACAAAAGCACAGCCUUUACAGCACAACAGUGAAACACACCAUGUGAAAGACUGGCAGUCAGUCGUACACACAGAUAUAUAUUAUAAUUUGUAUCCAGAAUAACCAGCUAAGAUUAGAAAUCCACUGUUGCAUGACCCUGUCAUGUUAUUUUUUCUCUCAUUCAUUUGACUUAGCUAUUGUAAAUUAAACCUACAAAAAAGGAUAGUGAGCUUGUUCAAUUAACAGAAGGUGUGAAGAAAUAUAAAUAGCUUUAAAGUGUGAUAGUUUAUCACCGGGUGUCUCAUGGUAGCCAUACAUCACAAUGUUUCGACUAAUCUUUCACAAGAUGUGUUUCACUAAGAAGGUUUUUAAAACUAUAUAUUUAUGCUUUGCAGUAUUGUUUCUUUGGCUUUCAUUUUCUUGACACAUUUUGAAGACUCUUCUGGUUUCUAAUGCUGGUUUGAUCGUUCUCUGUUUUAAUUUGGAAACUACCUAUGCCACAGACGGCAUCGGUGCCUUACUGUUUUUCACUCAGCUACCUUGUGUCACAGUGUCUUAAUGUAUUUGUAAAUGUACUCUUCUUCUGUACUUCAGGCUGAGUUGGAUUUGUAAAAUGUCUUAUAAAUUGAUUUAUGAUAGAGACAGUUUAUAUGUGAUGACAUUAUUGUUUAAAAAAGCAACAAAGAAAAA